UGCCGAAGAAAAAAAUUAAACGAAAUUGAAACAAUCCCCUGCUUUGCGCCGCCACACCCCAAUGGCUCAAAUACUCAAAGUCAAUGCCUUGGCACUGCGAUCAGCACCACCGAGUGCGGCCGACGAGUGUCCGGCGGCUGGAAAUCCUUGAAUCCUUCCUGAAUCUCUCUCUCUCUCGCUCUCUCUCUCUCUCUCUCUCUCUCGCUUUGAUUACAGGAAUUCACGGCCGCUGCGAGCCCGUCCGGAGGCUGCCGAGAUCCCAGCCGCGCCUCCUUCCCCGCGCGGCUUUCGACGAGCGCACACCCACGAGCUCUUUCCCCUUUCUGCUUCGAUCUUCUAAGAGCUAGCCACAUCCCGCAGCCCCCUCUUUGAAUCCCUCUUCUUAAUCAGAGUGAUAGCUUCUAAGAAGGGGAUGCUACUCCGGAAGAUAUUUAUGCGCCAUAGUUCUUGUACAAGAACACAGAUAAGCACUCCACAAUUUAGUUUUUCAGCUCACUUUGCUUCUCAAAGAUCGGUUAGGAACAAUGAAGAAAUUGAAGAUAAGAGAGAUGCUGAUAGUGGAGAAGACUUUGCUUAUUCUGAAGUCCUGAGGCCUGGUCCAAAAUGGCAGAGGAAACCUUAUCCGACCCCUAUGAAGGUGCUGAUUAGGAGGGCCAAGGAAGAGAAGCUAGCUAGGAAGUUAAAUCCAUGCCGGAUCCUCGAAAGUGCCCCCGAGAACGGCCUUCUCGUCCCAGACCUUAUAGAAGUAGCUCAUCAAGUUUAUAAUGCCAGAGAGUCGAUGCUUCAUGGUCUCUCAAUACUUGUCGAAGGUGAGGCAGCCAUUCCCAUUAACAAGUGCAGGUUUUGCUCUGAAGUGCACAUUGGCCAUGUCGGUCAUGUAAUAAGGUCAUGCGAAGGCCGGAAUAGCGGAAUGAGGAAUUCAAAACAUUUAUGGAGAAGAGGAGGAAUAAAAGAUAUCAUUGGUCUCCCAUAUUGUUACCAUCUCUACGAUAGAGUGGGAAAGCCGAGAGUUGGGCACAAAGAAAGAUUUGGUAUCAAAAGGCUUCCGGCAAUAGUAGAGCUAUGCAUUCAAGCAGGUCUCGACCUUGAAGCUUACCCAACCAAGCGAAGAACCAAGCCUGUUUACUCAAUUGAGGGGAGAAUUGUAGACUUUGAGCCAGGAGAGGAUACUGACAUAUUGGUAGAAGACAAUUUUCGGACUGGAAAUCACAUUGUUCCCACCUUCUUGGAGGAUAGGAGGCUCGAAGAUGGAGAAACAAUUAGCGAGUUGAGUGCUAGGACCUUAAAGUCCUGGUUGGAUAUGAGAUCAGGAGCUGUGAAACUUAUGAAGAAAUACAGUGUGAUCACCUGUGGGUACUGCCCUGAAGUCCAGGUAGGUCCUAAGGGACACAAAGUUAGGUUGUGCAAAGCGACCAAGCACCAGUCUCGGGAUGGCUUACAUGCAUGGCAAGAAGCCACCAUUGACGAUCUAAUUAUGCCAAACUACGUAUGGCAUGUUCGAGCUCUUGACGGCCCCCCUCUGAUCAAUGAGCUGAAGAGGUACUAUGGAAAAGCUCCCGCCCUUGUGGAGCUUUGCGUACGGGCAGGCGCCCCGAUACCCAAGCAAUAUGAAAGCAUGAUGAGGUUGGAUGUGGUGCCUCCUGCACCCGAUGAAUAUGAUCUUGUUGUCUAAGAUCUACAUAUUUAUUUGAGUGUGAGGAGCAAGGUUGGCUAUUUUGCCUCUCCUUUCAAUGAGAUUCACCUGUUAAUUCAUUCUUGUUAGAGUGAUCCAAAGAAAAUAAAUAAAUUUUCUAUUACCU